CUCUCAGAUAGGCAGCGCAGACGUGGGCAGUGUAGGGGUGUACAGGCAGAGGAGAGAGGGUAGGUAGUAGUGUGUGAGUGUGUGUGUGCGUGAGUGUGUGAGGCUGUCAGACAGCAUGGUCUGGGUCUGAGGACAAACACUGGGAGACGCAGCAGCAGCAGCAGCAGCCUCCAGAUCUCCAUGUAGACCAGUGUGGUGACAUCCACAGAUCACCUGGACCAGCACCCACCCAGGACGACACCCGGAGAAGCAAGAGGAGGACGAGGAGGAAGGGGAGGUUGGGUCUGCUUCUUUUUUUUUUUUUUAUUUUUUUUUUUUCUCAGUUUUUCUGGUUUGGGGAGUAGGCUCCGGGCUGGACCGCAUGCAUGACACAACGCAAAGGCGAGAAACCCACCAUCAGCAUCCAGGAGCACAUGGCCAUUGACGUGUGCCCUGGCCCCAUCCAGCCCAUCAAGCAGAUCUCAGACUACUUCCCCCGCUACCCACGGGGCCUCCCCCCUGCUGUGCCCCAGCAAGCGGGCCACGCCGGGCCCCUGCGAUCUGCCCUCUCCACCUCCUCGGCCGCCGCCACUGGCGAAAGUGACCGACCCAAUGAGGACACCCCGGACCGGGCUUGUGCCGGAGCCUCCGCCUCCCCACAGGCCGCCAAGAGGGACGAGGAGCCCGAUGUGGAGGCAUACGACUCAGACGACUCGACCACAUUGGGGACCUUGGAGUUCAGUUUGCAGUACGACCAGGAGAACAAUGCACUAAACUGCACCAUUAACAAAGCCAAGCUUCCUGUCCCCAGAUACAAGAAGGGGCUCAAGCCGAUGGACCACAAUGGGCUCUCAGACCCGUACGUCAAGCUGCACCUGCUGCCCGGUGCCAGUAAGGCAAAUAAACUUCGGACCAAGACCCUGCACAACACACUCAACCCCGUGUGGAGCGAGACCCUGACCUACUACGGCAUCACCGACGAGGAUAUGGUCCGCAAAACACUCAGGAUUUCGGUGUGUGAUGAGGACAAAUUCCGCCACAACGAGUUCAUCGGGGAAACGAGAAUCCCUCUCAAGAAGCUGAAGCCCAACCAAAUCAAAAAUUUCAACAACUGCCUGGAGAAGCAGUUACCUGUCAACAAGACAGAAGACAAAUCCCUGGAGGAGCGAGGACGCAUCAUGAUUUCUCUCAAGUACAACACCGUGAAGUCCUGCCUGGUGGUGGGCAUCAUACGCUGCGCUCACCUCGCCGCCAUGGACGCCAACGGCUUCUCCGACCCCUACGUCAAAACGUACCUGAAGCCAGACGAGAACAAAAAGUCAAAGCACAAGACGCUUGUGAAAAAGAAGACGCUCAAUCCUGAGUUCAACGAGGAGUUCUGUUAUGACAUCAAAUAUGCAGACCUCACCAAAAAGACCCUGGAGGUGACGGUGUGGGACUACGACAUCGGGAAGUCCAACGAUUUCAUAGGUGGUGUGUCUCUGGGUAUCAAUGCAAACGGAGAGAGGCUCAAACACUGGUUCGACUGCCUCAAAAACAAGGACAAGAAAAUUGAGCGCUGGCACACGCUGACCAAUGAAUUACCUGGUUCUUUAAAUGACUGAAGACCCUCAUCAUCCUGUCGUCCAAGCUGUGGUUCCUCCUCCGCUCCGCCCCGGCUGCACCAGGUCGGACUCCGGCCUCCAUUUUCCUCACUCUUCUUCUCUGGAUUCGGAGUCGGCCACAGCGACACGUCUGUGGGAACAUGAAUACUUCCUCUCAACAGGGCUCAAAUUAAACAUAUCCAAAAUGCUCUUACAUGUACAAUAGGAUUUAGCCGGCUGUUCUUUAAUUUGAUUUCAGAUUCUAAGCUUCAUAAUCCUGAUUUAUCGUAUGAUCAGUGAUAUUAAAUAUUCAAUUAGAUCUUCGAGAAUUCCUGGAACAGCACAAGAAACGCCUUCACACUGUCACGUGAAUUAAAGCAGAGCUGCAGGAGACAGGAGGUAAAAGAGUCGAGAGUCUUAACAAAGCACGUAGCGAAAUGUCAUCCUGUGGAAUUAUGCAGAAAAGUUUAGAGGAAUAGAUUUUAUCUUCUCAAGUCGACCUCCCACAUUCAGUCUGCUUGACACUAAUAUUUAGUGUUGUGUAGGAGCAGAUGAAUUAUACAUCAAUAACCCACAUAUUUGAAGAUGUUGCACUUUAAUGAUACGAUUGUAAAAGUGUUCGGCUGGUGCACGUCCUGCUGUCCCUCAGCCCGCACGUAGGCGGCUCCCACGCAGAUUGAGAAGUUUGGUUUUAUGCAUCCGGAGCGUUUCAGUCUCAGAUCCUCCUCGAAACACGUCAUUUUUGCAGAUAUGAAUGUUAUCUUCAAGUGAAAAAGACGUCCAGCAGCUGCCAGAUUAUGAUUUAUUGUCCAGUGAGAACAGAACAUACUAGAACGGCACGUUAAUGAAAGUGGAAAAGAAACUAAAUGGAUCUGUCUCUUUUUUUGAGGGGAGAAAUUAACAAAAAUCACUAUCACAAAAUGUGAUCAAACAGUCCUGGAUCCACUCCAUCAUUUGAAGGAUUCUAUCUUUGCUGCUCUGCUGCAUCCUUCCACCAAAUUUCGUGUUAUAUCCGAUAUAUAGUUUUUGCGUAAUCCUGCUAACUAACUAACUAACUGACAAAUCGAAACAUAACGUCCUCGAAGGAGAUAGUUAUAGCGUUAGGUUCUGUCGCCCAAAUCAAACGUAAACAUGGCGAUGUUUCUGCAACGUUUUCCAAAGGCCACUGGUAAAUAAUGCUGCGCUGCUGACAGGGGUACAGAAUGUAAUUUACCUACAGAUGCUUUACUGUGUGUGCAACGUUCAGACGUGACAUUAAAACUAGUAACAGGGGUUCAACAGUUCAUCUGUUAACUCUGAACCAUCAGUGCCCAAAAUGAUCUUAUAGUUUCAAAGACACAAAUCAGCUACGAGAUAAAAACAGGAUGUUUUAAUAUUCCAGUUUGGGACAAGCUGCCAUAACCCAACACAACAACAACAACAACAACAACAACAACAACAACAACAACAACAACACAACACAACACAACACAACACAACCUCAACAUGCAAAGCUUUAUGGGUAAGACGAGAUGAAUGGUUGGUUGUUUAAAUAAGUUUGACCAACUUACUAAACCAAUGCAAAAAACAACUUUACCUGAACUCCUGCCCGAGGCUUCUUGCAGCAAAUAUUCAUGACAUCACAAAAAGCCCAAUCUCGGAGCCCAGCGGCUAACGUCCGAUUGGCGAUUGGUGCAUUGUUUACAGUCCAACUAGCAACGUGAAACACAAGAAUGGAGUUUCAGGUCCAGACGACAUUGGCUCCUCUCUAUUUACAGCUACCUGCACAUAGCCAAGUGUGUUUCUCUCCUCUGUUUACCUGCGGGCAACCAAACCCUGCUCAAACCUAAUCGGACAAACUAGAAGCUUCAGGCCCAAACAAUCUUGUCCCUCACCUACGAUUAAUUCUGCAUAUUCACAUCCAGAAUCUAUUAUAGAGAUCACAAGAGAUCGUCUCUCUGUAGACGAGUCAAUAUAUCAAACAGAUCAAUAGGCGCCACCCACUUUAAUACUGACUGAUCUGAUCAGUGUUUAUCUCAUUCAUUCGUCGUUUCCAGAUCACAAAACGCCGGUUCCUUAUUUGCAGUGCAAAUGCAAUGAACAGCUAAGUCUGAUAUAUGCAUUUUGAAAAAAGCGAGUCAAACUGGGGGAUGUAUAAAGGCGACGAGGCCGCGGCGUUGUAUUCAAUCAGCCCCCUGCCUCCUGUGUGUGUGUGUGUGUGGUCAGGAGUGAUUCUUACAGACGUCUUCAGAGUGAACGCUUGAAAGAACAGCUGAAACUCAAGGGCGAGUCGAGAGCCGGCACGCAGGGUGUUAGCAGAGUGCCACUCAGUCAGACUGGAACCGACUGACAAUUGAAGGAGCGCAAUGAGAGCAUAAUGGUGUAAUAGCGGCCGUUUAUUCAGGAAGUGAGGAAGGUUAUGGGUUUGAAAGUGGAUUUCAUAUGCAGCUGAUAAUUGUGAACGGGGGUGGAAACGCACAGCGUGCACAGCGACCGCGCAGCGAAGGCGCCACGUGAUUGGGCAGCUCCAACGAUGUACGUGCAUCUUAUUGUUUACACUACAGGACACGAGUUUCCCACAAAGACUCGCAGGCAGGAUUUUAAAGCUGGAUGAAAAAAACGAUCCUGCCCGAAUGUCAAAAAAGGGCAAAAAUUUCAAAAGCGGAAAAAAGUUUACGUCAAAUAUGCGAAGAAAAAAAAAAUACUAUCAAUAAAAGCAUGUAUUGUUUACAACAGCCUACUCUCGCUGAAGUUAAAGUCUGCUGCGGAAAGGGCGAACACGCUAACGUCACGUCAGUCGUGCGAUGCAAAGCUUUGCCACAAGGGGGCCGAGGCGAGAAGGGAGGAAUUUUUAAUAUACUAGCCGUGAACGUAUAUUGUUACAAUGUUGCUGCACACGUUUUUUUUUGGUUUUUGAUUUUUGAUUUUAUCGUAAGCAGCUCCACGGUAAAUGUAUGAAACAGAAUGUACAUGUUUAACCCUUUCUAUUCCACAGUGAACCCUCUGAGAAUGUGCACCUCAGUGCUCCGUGUUGUUCAUGUUCCUCAUCAGUCAAAUCACAACUGGACACAUCUGGAAACACAGACGGUUGAACUCCGAGCCCGGAAGCAAACUACAGGCUUUGUCACUCAAGAACUCCAGAUAACUAAAGUUUUACUUCGAUUGCUCCAAGCCUGUUUAAUUAUGUAUGGGUUUUUUUCUUCAUUUAAUAUUUUAUGUUAAAGUUUUAAUGCCCUGAGUCCCUGUGCAAUCCUGAAACAGAACUGAAAACUCUUCUCCUAAGUUGCCCUCGAGGACCAGUAGGCUGGGAUGCAUGCCAUGUAUUUGUGAUUUUAUGAGUUUGAUUCUGCAGUAUAACCUUUUCUGCAUGUCCCCUGCACCUCCCACGUUUCUUGUAAAUUCCCACAGUGGCGUGCACUGACUGGUAACGCAGAAACACACACACACACACACACACACACACACACACAAUCAUGUAGGUUUCCUGCAAUUCAGCUAACAGCUUAUUUGGCUUUACAUCACGUCACAGUACAUCAGACAUGCACAUUUUCCUGAAAACUUCUGGAGGGGCUGUAUGUGAGAACAAAACAUGUCUGAGUCGGUUACUCCAGAUCAUUUUCUGGAAGUUUUCCUUCCCGCUCCUGAGUAAAAUAUCCAGAAAAUGUCUGACAGCGAGCGAUUGGGCCUGUUGAUGUUUCCACAAACAAAUUCGUAGAUUCCGUGUCCACCAGGCCGCUGGGUUUGCUCCGGUUCUUGUGACGUCAUCAUCCACUCAUGUGCGCUAGGUUACGCCACCGGCCCCAAAGCCGACGUUCGCAUGUAGCCCAAAACUUGUCACCGCGCCAAUUGUACGCGUCGACUGCACAAGCUCCAGAUACAAACCUGGAAUGGGAUGAAAUGCCAGACUAAUGCAGACCCUCAUUUUAAUGUGAAAUGCUCCGUGGCCAUGUACAUGUGACCGGAGCGAGUACACAACUUCUAGCAGAGAAUAUGGUCGACCCUUUACACGCAGCUGACGUGAAACGGAGGAGACGCAGAUAAAGAUGUCGAGAUUCGAGAUCUUUUGGUGAUAACGGUCGACACCGGUGCUGUGAAAAGAAAAAACACGACUUCUGCAGCGUAAUUAAUAUUGAACCUCCCACUCGUCACCCCAUGUUCCAUGUUCAUGUCUGAAAACAGCCUCAGUGAUUUCAUGAGGUCUAAUCACAGCCGAGCGGAUACUUACAAUCAGCCCCUUUGAACUAUUACACUCAUUUUUAAAGAAAAUGUGAUUUUGAUAUGUGACACCACACCUUCUGUUUCCCAGCGUCACGUCGGGCCUCACAUCUCCGUUUCCUCAAAGUGUUAAACAGCCUCUUCAGCCACAUCGACUACCCCCUCU